CCAAGGGAAUCUCCAAGCAGAUCAUUCAGGCCUUGGAUGGGUCCCCAUCUUUAGAACCUCUUUGCUUUGUAGGAACCGUACUGAUUUCAGGCCAUUUUGGAGAGUAGAUGGAGAUGGCAGAAGUCAAGCAAGGAGAGGCAAUGACAGGGAGGAGAGUAUUCUACACUCACACACCAACACAGCUUUUCUUUGGGGAUUUUUAGUCUGGAGUGGGGUGAAUUCCUGGGUUUCUUGCUCACCAACUGUUUUUAUUGAUUGGUUAAUUCACUGCUAAUAAAACUAAGUUUGGGUUCUGGCAUUCUACUGGAAGAAAUAUUAUUCCCUGAGGUGGUCAUGAACAGUGAAAUCAGGUGGAGGGGGGCCUCUGAGGCCCAGAGAGGUACAGCUUUUGAACUCAGAGAAAGUUAAAGCAGAAAAGAGCCUGACACAGCACUAGAGAGGCAGAGGUAGGUGGAUCUCUGUGAGUUCAAGGCCACCGUGGUCUACAUACCAAGCUCCAGGACAGCUAGGACUACAUAGAGAGACCCUGUCUCAGAAAACAAAAGGAGAAAAGAAUUUAUUUGCUCACCUGAUUGUGUCUUUUAUUUCUAGCUUCUCUGGGGAGGAGGCAGGGGCUCCAUGCCAGGGCAGUUGGCCAAAUUGGCCUUCCUCUAGGGCAGUCCCAUCCCCCCUGCCCCUCCCCUACACACUUACACAGUCACCUUCACAAGGUUCAAGCACCCAGUCGCUGGCCUCCACAGCCUGCUUUCUUCCAACUUCUGAAUGCCAGUUCCCUCUACAUUAAGUGGCACUGCUUCCUCCACAGUGUGUGCUGAGGACCUUCACAGAUGUGACCUGUCAAACGAGGAGGACAUCCUCUCCAUGUUCUCGGCCGUCCGAUCUCAGUACAGUGGCGUGGACAUCUGCAUCAACAAUGCCGGCAUGGCUCGGCCUGACACCCUGCUCUCAGGCAGCACCAGAGGUUGGAAGGACAUGUUCAAUGUGAACGUGCUGGCCCUCAGCAUCUGCACUCGGGAAGCUUAUCAGUCCAUGAAGGAGCGGAACGUGGACGAUGGGCACAUCAUUAACAUCAACAGCAUGUGUGGCCACCGAGUCCCACCCCAGUCUGUGAUCCAUUUCUAUAGUGCGACUAAGUAUGCCGUCACUGCAUUGACAGAGGGACUAAGGCAAGAGCUCCUGGAGGCCCAGAGCCAUAUCCGGGCCACGUGCAUCUCUCCAGGCUUGGUGGAGACACAGUUUGCCUUCAAACUCCAUGACAAGGACCCCGAGCAAGCAGCUGCCACCUAUGAACAUAUAAAGUGUCUCAAACCAGAGGAUGUGGCUGAGGCUGUCAUCUAUGUCCUCAGCACCCCCCCACAUGUUCAGGUUGGAGACAUCCAGAUGAGGCCCACAGAGCAGGUGACCUAGUGUUGCGUGGGAGCUCCUACCUUCCCCACCCUCCAUGGCUUGCCUCCUGCCUCUGGAUUUUAGGUGUUGAUUUCUGGACCCUGGAUCUUACUUUCUGUAUCCACCCCUCUACAGGAUAGAAAAUUCAUUAGAUUAUUCCCAUUACAAAUGUGAAAAAAAAAAAAAAAAAAAAAAAGGGCUGGGGAGAGAAGGCAUAGUCGUGAGUGUUUUAUCUGCUAACUUGUUCUCCUUCUUGGGGGUAGAGUCCCCCUCUUGGGGCCCCUUGGCCUUUGUUCUCAGCCUCCUCCUUUUGUCUUAGGGAGGGGAUGUGGCCAAAGAGGGCAUUGUUCUAUCCUCCUGUAUCCUACCCCCUACCCCUUAGGGUUGGAGUAGCGGAGACAGGACUUCAUCUUUUAGCUGUGUGGUUGCCCAGGGCUCCAGGCCCCCUUUCCCCACUCCCCCCCUCUUCAGCCCAAUUUUGGCUCUCAUCCUGGGGUCAUCACCACACCCUGACCAUGGCUACAGAAUACCAGGGUCUGCCUCCUAGUACAUUUUAGUGCAACAAUUAAAGAGAAAGAUUACAGCUUA